CGGAAGUUUUCCUUCGUGUUAGCGUUAAGAAAAAAGCAGCACAAGAUAAGAAAUAUGCUGGUGGAACAGGUGGCGGCCCCCAAAUUGAAAUUACAUACACUGCAAUUGAAGAUGCAAUUCUUCAACUAUUAGAUCCAGCCUCUAUACAUGGGAUUCCAGGGGAUGUUGAAAGUGAAGAACCUAUUAAUGAAGAAGAAAGAGAACUAACCCCCGGACCCUCAGGAGCUAGGUUUACAGCUACCGGUAGUUGUUUCCGAGAGGAAUUUAUGUUUCGGCCCAUUCAAGAGAAAGAUGAUUCUAUAACCCUCAUUCUGAAUGAGGAUAUACAGGAACAUGAUAUCACAGUACCCAUUGUGCAUUUAGAACCUGAAAAUUCAGCACCUACAAACAUUCCUGGAUUUUCAUCAUCCGGAACAUAUGAGGUAGAAACAUGUAGUUCAAGCAAUACUCGUCAACCUAUUGCUGCUACCACGGAACAGCGAAGUAGGUCUAGUACCCCUUCUGCCACAGCUGUUAGGUCAACUGUAACUGGUGAUUCCACUGAUGAAAUGGGUUCACCUCCAAUGCCAAGUACCAGCAGAAGUGGCAGGAGGCCACGAACCUCUUCUGCCCGAAAAGAUGAAGAUCUUCUUCGAGAGAUGCUUCGUGUUCAAACACAAAUGAGUGACAGUUUUUUACAGCUUGUAGCUAACACCGAGUGCAUUGCAUCUGCAAUGCUAUGCAUUGCAAGAGUUAUGCAGUCGAAAAAUCCUAUCCAAUGAUGCUGUGUUUAUGGUAUGCGUAUAUGUAGUCGUUUAC